UUUGUUUAUCAUUGCUGUAAUUUUUCUGUUGAUGAAGAUUUGUUCAUAUAUAAACGUUACGUCAAAAUGUAUUUUUAUUCAGGAAUUUCCGUGUUGGAUUUAUCAACAAUUUCCUAAAAACACAGCAUUUUAAUUCUACUGUAUCGGGAAUUUCAUCAUCAGAUAAUCAGACUGUUUUGACUGUUCAUAGUAUGUUGGAUCCGCAAUUGAUUGCACAAUCUGAAACAGGAGCUGUUUUAGAUGAUAGUGAUGUAUUCCAGUGUGGCAAAUGUAAGAAACAGUUCCUAUCCAUUGAUGUUUUUGUAAAUCAUAAGACAGAAUGUACCAGUUCAAUUGUGAGUCCAGUCUCAGACAUUAGCUUACCAUCAAAUAUUUGUGGAAUUCCACAGAACACUGUAGUUGUUCGUAAAAUUCAGAUACCUUCAUCAUCAUUAUCCAAUUAUUCUCAAAGUUUAGUCCUAACUGAUGCUGAUCUUCUGCAGCUGUCGACAUCUGCAAUUGAUCAAACUAUUACUGCUCCAGUAUCCAGUCCUAGCAUCCAAGUGAAUCAAAAUCACAGCCUUAUUUCUCAACCUACAUUUAGUACCCAGACUAUUCCGGCUACAAUACAGCAUGUUCUUCAACAAGUUACCACGCAGGACACACAGCUUCCACAAACUGUAGAACUUUCAAUCAUAAAUGACAAGUUCAUAUCAAGGCCUCUUAUUCUAACUAGUCAGCAGCAUAACAGUACCAUAUCUGGCUUAGUGCUGAAUAUUACUAAUUCAACUGAAACUCAGUCAGUUCUGUGUAAUUCUUCAGAGUCUGUGAAAACAAAUGGUGUGGUUGUUGAACCCUUAACUGAAGCUGUAGAUGCUUUAAACAAUAAUGAACAAAAUGACAGUGAGAAAGAACCAAGUACUGUAAAUGUAAUUGCAGAAUUUCAUAGCAGUAUGGUCAAGACAAAGAAAUCUUCCGAGGCUGACAAUGAAGAUAAUCAAAGUAAAAAGGAUCAUAAAUUAAACUGUGCCUAUUGCUGGAAAUCUUUCACGAAGAAUUUUGAUCUUCAGCAACAUAUACGCUGUCAUACUGGAGAGAAACCAUUCCAGUGUAUCGUAUGUGGCAGAGCAUUUGCACAAAAAUCAAAUGUGAAGAAACACAUGCAGACACAUAAAGUGUGGCCUGAUGGACUUUCAAGAACAUUACCCCAGUUACCUCCAAAAAGCAAUUCUUCUUGCAGUGAAGAUGGUGAAAUGACCAAUGAAAAUUCCUGUCCAGAUGCUCCAGAUCUAAAAAAUGCUAAUGAACUGGAGAAAAUUGGCUCUGGAGAAGUAGACAAAAGUUCAUAUGCCUGUCCAUAUUGUAAAUAUAUUGGUAAAAGCUACUAUAAAUUGAAAAGCCAUAUGAAGCAGCAUGAUACUGAAAAAGUGUACAAGUGCAUUCUUAGUAGUUGUGGGCAGAUGUUUAGUGAUCUCGAUCCUUUCCUGGAGCAUACAAAGUCACAUGAAAAUGAGAUGACAUACAGGUGUCAUGAAUGUAACAGAAAUUUUCCUUCUUUGUAUGAUCUUGGUUCUCAUCAGUUCACUCACAGUCUGUAUCCGAACCUACGGUCACGAACAACUCGUAGAUUUUUCAGAUGCAAUCUUUGUCUGAAUAAGUACUCAACUCCAGCUGCUUUGGACCAUCAUCUUGCCACUUCAUCGCAUACCUAUUCGUGUUCCUGGUGUGAUAAGGUAUUUCCAUGCGAACGUUAUUUGCGUCGACAUCUGCAAAUCCACUCAGAGUCUGAAUCUUUCACGUGCAGUAUUUGCUCAAAAGGUUUUAAAACUGAAAGCUACUUAAAAGUUCACAUGCUGGUUCAUAGCGAAGACAAACCAUACGAGUGCAACACAUGCAAGGCAGCAUUCAAUCGAAAAGAUAAGCUUAAACGUCAUCUGCUCAUUCACGAACCAGUGAAACGAUACAAAUGCCCUUUCCGGACACACUGUGGCUGUCCAAAGGAAUUCAACCGACCUGAUAAGUUAAAAUCGCAUAUAUUAACUCACAGUUGCAUAAAACCUUUCACGUGCAAAACAUGUGGUAAAAACUUUACACGGAAAGCUCACCUCCGAGAUCAUGUAAAACAAAACCAUGAUGAAUCAGAUCUUAAAUUAAUUUGUGAAGAACUAUCACCAGAUAAAAACAACUGCUCUGUCUCAUUAUCAGAUUCUGAUGAUGCUAAAGCACAUAAAAAUAACAAGUCUGUAUUCACUAAAAAAAGGAAAGAUUUUGUACACAAUUUUCGGUUUCGGCGACAGAGAAAAAGAAGCUUAAAUUGUCAGGUUAUGAAAAAUGGAAAUUGUGUCAAAAAAAGAGGAAGACCAAAGAAACACCUUGAAUUGGAAAAUUUGUCUGAGAGUUUCAAAGAGCAAGAAAUUGAUAGUACAUCUGAAAUAGCAGAUGAUAUACCCACUGCUCAUAUUGAAAUCAUUCCAACACAUGGGACAUUGGUUUCUAGCUCAGACUUGACACAUAUAGCCUUACCUUCUGAUAUAACUUAUGGUGAUUUACAUUUUGACACUAAUGAAGAUGAACCUGUAGUUGCUAAUGCACCAUCAAUAUCUGUUGACUCUAUUCAUACAACAAAUUCAAACUCUUUAUUAAGCAAUGAUCUCCAAACAGAAACCGAUCUUAAUGAUUAUAGUUGACACAAUGUACUCUUAUUUAUUAAAUUGGGUUUUACAUUAGAAAGUGAGAAAUUUUAUUGUAAAAAUUGUAUAUUUCUUAUAUUUAUUUAAAUUUAGAGCUUAUUAUGUGUAAUUAGUACAUUUUUUAUAUUUUGGUUAGGCAGUGUUAUGUAACAGAGUUGUUCAUAAUUAGUUGAAUGUAUUGAAUUUAUCCAGUGAGAGUAAAAGUGAACAUUGCUAGUAGUUUCUCCCACAGUGAUACAUUCCACAUAAUUGGAAGUUUAUUUACAUUUUGCAGUUUCCAGAAUUGUUCAUAAGAAUUACUUGAUUAUAGUAAAGCAUUUUUCUCUUCAUAUCUGUCAAAUAAAAAGAAAUUUACCUUUUGGAUUUCUUAAAUGUCAGGACUUUUAUGAGAUUCUCUAAGGAACUGGUGAGAACUGGAAAAAAUAUCUCCAACAGUAUAUCAACAAAACAUCAUCAAGGUAAACCACUGUAAGUAUGAAUGUGAAAAGUCAUGAAAAAACUCCAUUCAACCAGCCAGUUCAUUUCCCAGGAACAGAACAUGGGAGUAAAUAAUGUUUCAUUAAUGUAGCUAUAGAACUUAGGAGCAAACAAAUCAGACAAAAUUGAAUAGUAAAUUUUAAUUGUAGAAUUCAGCUACAUACUUUUUGAGAGUGACAUACUUCCAUUCAAGAAAUCAAUUAUUAUGUACUAUUUUACAAAAUUUCAUUGAGAAAUGUAGAAAAAACUUGUUGUAAAGCCAACUAUUUGAACAAAAACUGAGAAAAACAAAGUUGUUUUGGAAAAUUGGAAAAAAAAAGUUUGUUUAAAAAAUGUUGAUCAUAAACAUUCUAAGAAUAUUUAGUAAUGUAUCUAAUAAAUGUGAAUCAGUAAUUAUUAUUGAAAGGUUACUGAAAAUUGGCAGAAUUGUGUUUAGUAAGAAUAUAAUGCUUUUUGAGUUAUUAUUCUUUGUAGUUAUAAGGCUUAAUGGAAACUUUAAACAGUGCAAAUAUUAUAUGACAAAAAUAAUUACUAUAAACAAAAUUUGAAAGCUUUCAGAUUUUACAUUACGUCCAAAGGGAUGUGUGUUGCCUUUAUUUAUUAAAUAUCAUGUUCUUUGCACUAAACCAUAAAAUUGAA